AUGCUGAACUAUGCUCGGGUCUAUGUCCUCUGUGCCACCAUCGCUCGCAUCCAAAAACGACCGUCGUCGGAAGUUCUGGCAGAUCCAGAGUCAGAUGCUGUGCUGGGGCUUUGGAAGUCACUGGUCGAAAUCAUUAUGGGCCAGAUGGCAUGGUUGGUCAAUGAGAGUGCUUAUCGGUGCCAGCUCACCUGGGCUCCGACCUAUCCGGCGCUCACUAUAGCCUUUAUCAUUCGAGUGGCACGGUGGCAUCCGGCUUUGAUCGAUCAAAGCUUGGUCUUGCAGCGAGCGCAACAAAUCAGCGAGAUUCUGAAACUACCGCCUUAUCCCGAUAUCCAUCGCACCGUGUCCAUAUUCUCCAACUAUGCCAGUGCGCUUUUUGCAGAAAGAAGCUCUGCGACCAAUCAAGGUACUGCAACGUCGAAUACUGCAGGACCCUCGAUACAACCAAGGCAGGGUGCAGACAAUCCGAGGUCUGACUCUGGUCUGUUUGAUAUGUCGCAUGACCAGGCGCAGGAGCAGCCACUGCAGAGAAAUGCACAGACUCAGGGAGACUCUCUGUCGGAGGAAGGACGAACCGGGGAAGCUCGACCGGAUCCUGCACUACCGCGCCUUCUGGGGGAGAUGAAUAUCCCCAAUUGGACCUUGUCGACCUCUAUUGCAGACUCUUUCGACCUUUUCGAGGAGGGGCAGUCAGAUGUGUUUGACUUUUUGCCUUCAAUGCCCUCCAUAUCCUAG